AUGGGGCAACAGAUGUCUUGGGAAGAGGAGGACGUUUUUGACGAUUCAUGCUCCUGGCCACGGAGAUUACUGCAUGUGGAAAGCUGGACUUCCUAUCCAUGGAAGCAGGGUAAUCGUUACAGGGGAGUCUACAAACCGAAAUACGUCGCUUUAUCUUAUACCUGGGGAAGAUGGCGUCUCAAGGAGGGUGUUCAAGAGUCUGUUGAAGCCCUGAACAUAAGAAAUGUUCCAUGGAAAAUUCCAAGGGUCGACCCUCAACACUUUACUGUUGACGAGUUUCAAAAUGCAAUCAUAGCCGCUGCGAAUGGGGACUCUGGAGAUAGGAAGCAACCAAAGGUCAAGUUUGUUUGGCUUGAUGUUGCUUGUAUCGACCAGGAGGAUGAAGACAUCAAGCACGCCGAAGUGAGCCGCCAAUUUACCAUAUUCAACGGCGCACAACGCUGCGCAAUAUGGCUGGCGUCUACCAGCCCUAUUUUUGCCAAGAUUGGCAUUUGCGACUUCCUGUCGAUGCGCUCUCCUUUUACAAGCGUGUAUAUGAACAUGACCUCUCCAGGCACAGACGGGGAUGAUAUCGCUAAACACAUGAUGAUCGGAUACUCUGAGAUGCUUCUGGCAUCUACAACGACCAUGAUUGAGGAUCCAUGGUUCACUUCCCUCUGGACUCUGCAGGAAACAUUCAUAAGCCGAGAUCAAUCCGUAUUCCUUUGCAACAAUGGGGAAAUUGUAAAGGAUCAUCGAGGAGAGGUUAUAGGAAUGGUAGACUUGAUGGAAACCAGUUACUCUAUCUUCAACUACCUAUCCUCGCAACUGCACCUUAUGGAAGGGUACCAAGAUGUUCAUGCCUUAAUCAAGGAUACCAUCAGUCAUAUUGAGAGACUUGGCUUCCGUCAAUGCUUCGUAUUCCAAGAGAUGGGCGCGUACUUUGCCGCGCGUCACAGGAAGGCAAGUCGAUCCAAGGAUAGAAUCUAUGGGAUCAUGCAGAUCUUCGACAUCAAGUCAGGUCUCAGCUUCAUGUUUUCACCCAGCCCGCUCCACUUGGGAAAGCCUGGCGUCCGUGGCAAGACCGUUGCGAUGUGA